UCUGUGUCACACCUACCACCGGGUCCCUACACUGGGUCCCCCCACCGUCCCCCUGGGUCCUACCACCGGGUCCCCUACCACCGGGUCCCUCGUACCUACCACUGGGUCCUACCACUGGGUCCCCUACCACCGGGUCCACUACCACUGGGUCCACCUACCACUGGGUCCCUACCACUGGGUCCCCUACUGGGUCCCUCCACCGGGUCCACCUGCCACUGGUCACCACCGGUCCACCUGCCACGGGUCCCCUACCACUGGGUCCACCUACCACUGGGUCCCCUACCACCGGGUCCCCCACUGGGUCACCUACCACUGGGUCCACCCCACUGGGUCCCCCUACCACUGGGUCCCCCCUACCACUGGGUCCACCUACCACCGGGUCCACCUACCACCGGGUCCCCAACCACCGGGUCCCACAACCACCGGGUCCACCUACCACCGGGUCCACCUGCCACUGGGUCCACCUACCACUGGGUCCACCUACCACUGGGUCCACCUACCACUGGGUCACUACACUGGGUCACCUACCACUGGGUCCACCUACCACUGGGUCCACCCUACCACUGGGUCCACCUACCACCGGGUCCACCUCACUGGUCCACCUCACUGGGUCCACCUACCACUGGGUCACCCCCCACCGGGUCCACCUACCACUGGGUCCACCUACCACUGGGUCCACCUACCACUGGGUCCACCUCCACUGGGUCCCCCACCACUGGGUCCACCUACCCUGGGUCCACCUACCACCGGGUCCACCUACCACUGGGUCCACCUACCAGGGUCCCUACCACUGGCCCGUCCUGCCUGGGUCCCCUACCACCGGUCCACCUACCACCGGGUCCACCUGCCACUGGGUCCACCUACCACCGGGUCCACCUACCACGGGUCCCCCUACCACCGGGUCCACCUGCCACUGGGUCCCCUACCACUGGUCUACCACUGGGUCCCCUACCACUGGGUCCCCUACCACUGGGUCCCCUACCACUGGGUCCCCACUCACCACUGGGUCCACCUACCACUGGGUCCACCUACCACUGGGUCCACCUACCACUGGGUCCCCCUACCACCGGGUCCUCCACUGGGUCACCUGCGGGUCCACCUACCACUGGGUCCACCUACCACUGGGUCCCCUACCACUGGGUCCCCUACCACUGGGUCCACCACACUGGGUCCACCUACCACCGGGUCCACCUACCACUGGGUCCCCUACCACUGGGUCCACCUACCACUGGGUCCCCUACCACUGGGUCCACCUACCAGGGUCCCCAACCACCGGGUCCCCAACCACCGGGUCACUACACGGGUCCCCUAUCACCGGGUCCCCUACCACCAGGUCCCCUACCACCGGGUCCCUCUAUCACCGGGUCCCCCAACCACUGGGUCCACUACCACUGGGUCCACCUACCACUGGGUCCACCUACCACCGGAUCCCUACCACCGGGUCCCCCUACCACUGGGUCCCCUACCACCGAGUCCACCUACCACCGGGUCCCCCCCACCGGGUCCCCUACCACCGGGUCCCUCUAUCACCGGGUCCCCAACCACUGGGUCCACCUACCACUGGGUCACCUACCACUGGGUCCUACCACCGGAUCCCCUACCACCAGGUCCCCCUACCACUGGGUCCCCACCACCGAGUCCACCUACCACCGGGUCUACCACCGGGUCCACCUACCACCGGGUCCACCUAUCACCGGGUCCCCUACCACCGGGUCCCCUACCACCAGGUCCACUACCACCGGGUCCCACCGAGUCCCCCUACCACCGAGGUCCACCUACCACCGGGUCCCCCAACCACCGGGUCCACCUAUCACCGGGUCCCCCUACCACCGGGUCCCCUACCACCAGGUCCCCUACCACCGGGUCCCUCUACCACCGGGUCCACUACCACCGGGUCCCCAACCACCGGGUCCCCUACCACGGACCCCUACCGGGUCCCUUAUACCAGGUCCACCAGAUAUCCCCAAUACCGAGCGGUGUCUGGCCAAGUCCUUAA